UCAUUAUAAGAUGUCCGCACAUUUGAUGCAAGCGGGCUUUGGUCUCGCUAAUUACUUACAUACGGCACUGUCACCAGCCCCUUUACGUAGCGAUGAUGUGCCUACCGGCUUUGACCAGCCGUCAGAUCGGCAAUGUCGUCCUCCUGCUAUGAUUCAUUCACUUAUUGAUUCAGGUCGUUUUUACUUUAGAUUGACUCAUCAGAAUGCGUUGAAUAAUCUUAUUUGUGUGUUUAUGCCGGUUGGCAAAGUACGUCACCUAGUUCCUGACCUGUAUAUACCAGUGGUAUCGGUCUACACAUUUCUGCUACUGAGGUCUAUAUACGUGAGCACUUUGAGGAAAGGGCCGUAUCACCUCCAUGAAGCAUUGACACGUACAUUCACAAGGAUGGGAUUAAUAUUUGCUGCGGAGUUCAUAUUAUUCUCUGGACUACUCUACGCAACUCAACCGUCAUUGGCACCUCUGGAUGGUAUAUCUCAGCAGUCGCAACCUGGCACAAAUAAUUCCCAGGUAAACACUUUGGGUCAGCCAAACAACGCUUUUGGUGGCUACAUGGACGGCACAAUAGGGAAUUCUACUGGUACAUAUUCAAAUAACCCUUUCGACCAUAGUGGGAACAAGCAAUCGCAACAUGGUGUGGCAUCGUAUAAUUCGCCGCCAUUUGGACAAAUGGCACCAUCUAAUGGCAAUAUGAAUGAGUUCCGUGGCGCUACCAAGUAUUUCGGUGAGGAUAUGACACUACCUCUAUCUGGCAGGUCCGCAAUUCGCAUCGCACAGAAGCUUUUCAUCAUCGGCUACAAGUAUAUACUGCUAAAUUGCUACAUUUUAUUGGCGUUUAUUGCACCCAUACGUGCUGCGAUGUUACCGAUGGCAGUGUAUGUCUGUCUCUGUUCUCUAUUAUUCUCCCUGAGGAUGAUAGUAUCGCUACACCCCAAGGAAGGAAAUAAGCAAAAUCCGCUUAUUUUCGUGUUUCCAUUUCUACAACCGCUUUUCUGCUACUUCCUUAUACCGGCAUAAGACAUGCUUGGUAAUCGACGCAAGAUUCAAGUAGAAUUUGCGUGAGAUAACAGUAUGAGUGCAUCACCUCUGACGAAAACAACACCGCUGUCCUU